GUAAACUUGAAGAAGUUGUUAAAGAGGCCAUUAAGAAAAAGUUUUUAGUUUAUGGGUUGUCUGAACACUGCCCUAGGUAUAGAAUUCAAGAUUUAUAUCCUGAAGAGUCUCAUCUUCAACCAUCUGACCUUUCCAAAACUUUUUCCGAAUUCGUGAUAGAAGCACGUCGGCUUCAAGAAAAAUAUAAAUCUCAAAUAACUCUAUUGGUUGGCUUAGAAUCGGAAAAUAUUACAAGUUCAUCGACAACCGAAAUUCGAAAUUUAGUUUCUCAAUAUAAUCUUGAUUAUUGGGUCGGAUCAGUUCAUCAUGUUAAUGAAACGCCAAUUGAUACGGAUCUAGAAACUUUUGAAAUUGCGCUUUCAAAAUCUGCUAUUUCAAACAGUCAUACUGAAGGAAAUGCGAAUUCACUCGAAGAGAAUUUAUUUGCAUCGUAUUUUGAUGCUCAAUACCAAGUAUUAAAAGACCUUAAACCAAUGGUGGUUGGCCAUUUUGAUGUUAUUCGUAUACACAGGCCAAACUUCGAAUUAACAGAUUUUUUGCGUAAGAAAAUUGAAAGAAAUAUAGAGUUUGUUGUGGAAUAUGGAGGAUUGUUUGAAAUUAAUGCUGCUGGAUUUAAAAAAUCACAAUUACAAUGUGCCUAUCCUCAAAGAGAUAUUCUUAAGUUGAUAAUAGAAAAAGGCGGAAAAUUAACGAUUUCUGAUGACUGUCAUGGUCCACAAGCUGUUGGAAUGAAUUACCACAAACUUUACGAUUAUUUAAAAGAAUUCAAUAUCAAUGAAUUAUAUUAUUUAGAUAUUGAUUUUGAAAAGCCAAAAGAGGGUAGAAAGGUUGUUGUAAAGGUUAUGAGAAACGUAUUAGAACUUGAUUUUUGGAAUGGAGAGUUUUAA